UUUUCGGAGGUCAGCUCCUGCGCCCUCAGUAUGACGACAGUGACUGACCUCACUGCCAAUUGGGACUAUUGCUAUAAUACUAACAAAACACAGACUAACAUCAAGCUUCAGUUCCUCAGAAUCGACCACGGCGUACCUCAAAAGAUUCCGAACAACUCGAUACGUAAAAGAAGAAGACAAUAAACAGAUACAUCAGCAUCCACAAUGGCACAAGAUCCUCAUCAAGGCGGAGACCUCUUCGACAUGGCCAAAGAUGGCACCACGAUUCCCAACGAUGCUGGGAAAAUGAGGACAAUCCCAUCAGUGCCCAGACCAGGUGAGGGCGAAGGAGAUGUCAACGCGAACAGAAGUUCCCUCGCAAGCGCUGCAAGCAAUCCUACAGAUAUCUCUCGCGGUGUGCGAGACAUGGGAGCAACCGGAGAAGUAGAAACCGGCACCGGAGACCAAUUGCCUGGAGCAGUCGAGAGUAAACGAUUACAUUAUGGUGCGAACGAGCCGUUGAGUAAGGGACAUGAUAGGUAUGAUAAGCAUUCGAGGCAGAAGGAGAGUGACUUGGAGCGAUAUGCGGAGCCUGGUCCAGGUGUGGAUUUGCAACCUUCUGAGGAUGGAAUUGCGAGGAAUGAGAAUCUGCCAGAUGAGGAGGUGGAUAGAAUUGUCGAUUCGAGAGAGAGGAAGCAGACAUAGAUACUAUCUAUGUAAGAUUGAGACAAAUUGAUAAUGGAUG